CGCAGCUAUAUUCGCCCACAACUUCAGUUCGGUCAACUUCGUCAUUUAGUGGUGACCGAAACGUCGAUGUGUGUGGUAGUGAAGUUAACUUUUCUAACAAGAAUUCUCACAAAAUAACAAUAACCUAUUAAUAAAGUACUGUUGAAUCUGCAAAAGUUUUGAGAAACAAAUACGUGUCAAAAGUUAUCAAAAUUGAUUUCAAUAUGUGUGAUACGACCAAUCCUUCGACGCAAAGUAUAGCGGACUACUUAGCUCAGUUGCUCAAAGACAGGAAGCAACUGGCUGCGUUCCCGAAUGUUUUCAUGCACAUGGAGCGACUUUUGGAUGAAGAAAUCGCAAAGGUCCGUGCGAGUUUGUUUCAAAUAAAUGGAGUGAAAAAAGAACCAUUAAUAUUACCAGAAGCGGAAGGCAUGGUCACCACACUCACAGAAAAAGUAUACGUACCAGUCAAAGAACACCCAGACUUCAACUUCGUUGGAAGGAUCCUGGGACCCAGAGGUAUGACUGCAAAGCAACUGGAACAAGAGACAGGAUGCAAAAUUAUGGUCAGGGGUAAAGGCUCCAUGAGGGACAAAAAGAAGGAGGACGCUAAUAGAGGCAAGCCAAAUUGGGAGCAUCUGGCUGACGAUUUGCAUGUAUUACUCACCGUGGAGGACACUGAAAAUCGGGCGAAGAUAAAGCUGGCCCGAGCGGUCGAAGAAGUUAAACGUCUGCUUAUUCCUCAAGCAGAUGGUGAAGAUGAGUUGAAGAAACGUCAACUAAUGGAAUUGGCGAUUAUAAACGGCACAUACCGCGACUCAAGCACGAAGGCCGUCGUGCCAGUCAACGGUCAGUGCCUCAUAACUGAUGAAGAAUGGCGACGCGUUGCGGCUGAGACCCAGCGAUUACUCGCGCCAGGUGGCGGCGUUGGUAGUGUGACUUUGCGCACACCGGCGCCUCUGGGAGCCCCAUUGAUUCUGUCUCCACGGAUGUCUGGCGGACCGGGUGCUCAAGGUGGCCUUCUCAAUGGUACAGGCGCUGGCGCUGCUGCCGGCCUUCUGUCGCCUGGUGAACCAGCCCAUCAGCUAAUCUACGCGUCGCCAUACGCCGAUUACGCCAAUUACGCUGCGCUGACCGCAGCGGCCAACCCUCUGCUGACCGCCGAGUACGCCGCUGCGGACCAUACGGACACAGAUGAUAAAUAUGGUAUGCCGCUAGGUAUCGUGCGGAGGGCUGGUCGGCUCGCGCAAGUGAGGGAGCACCCUUAUCAGCGCACCGCCUUACCGGCGCCUUAAUUUCCCGCCAAAUCGCUCUCACGCCACCAUUUUGUUUACAAGGUGAGAUGCGCGAGCGCACGCAUGUCUACGAUGAAUAUGCUUGCGAUGAUUUACGAAUCUUCAACUACGUCACAGGGAAUUUGCCGAGUGCAACUCACAUAUUUUGAUACACGCAAAUUAUUUUAUAGUGAUCGCUCACUGUAAUUACAAUAAGAUGUGUGCCUGCAUCAUCAAAAGGUUGUUGCUCGGUUGCUCCACUGAUUGUUGUAUUUGCCCCAGUAUUGUUUCAUGCACAUUUUAUGUCAGUUACAUUGUACGUAUUAGCUUUGAGCUUCAGUUUUGUAUCUCAUGCAAUCAUAUUCAUCUGUGAGACGCGUUGCCUAUGCUUAGAUGUCUGUCUGUGUCUUUAUUUAUUGUGUACUUAUUAGUUAUGGUUUAAAUAGCUAGAGAAUAGAUAAUUAUGCCCGAUUCUACUUCACACCGGAUCUGAAGUAACACUGCAUAAUUUUAAACUGUGAUUUUUUUAUAUUUCAUUUUAUAGAUUUUAUACCUGUUACAUGUUGUGAUGUCCUCACAUUGUUUGUUUCAAAUGUUACCAAAUUUUUUUCUACUAUCCAAUUCUUAUAUUUAAAUCACAACAUGUACUUACAAAUACUAUGAAUCUCGUUUUGUGUAAUGUUGCAAUUAUUUCGGGUUAGUGUAGAAAAUGAGGGAAGAAGGAUAGAAGUUCCAAGGAUUAAAUAGUUUUAACGCUUGAAAUUCUGUUCAGUUCAGGUGCUAAUUCGGGUUGUGAGUCCUUCUUUCCUAGCUUUGCCCAGUAUUAGUCAAAGGGAAGAGCAUUUUCAGAAUUGUGCCAUCGAUCCAGUAUUAAUCGAGAUGCCCCGUCCUUUGACUCGAUAUUCUUCGUCCAUCACAAUUUAUAUUCUUAGUCAAAAUAAGUUUUUUAUACGAAAUUUUUUAAGUUAGGCGAUUCUAUAUUCGCCCUAAGUAUUUACUUUCUUAUUUGAAAGUGCUUAUGUAUAAGAUUUAUCGCACUUGUGUCCUUGUGGAUUAAGGCAUUCGCCAAUACGUAUUUUCAUGCUUUACGAGAUGAAUCAAACCGCUAUAAUUUAAAGAGAUUUAUAUAUGCGAUUGUGUUUUUGUAAGAUAUUGUUUCUAUUGUUGAUUGUAAAUAAAUGCAUUUUCAGAAGAUAUACACGCAAAUAAAUUGUAUGAAAUUUUA